CACACCAGUCAAUACAGCGAGACACAACUCAUCGUUGUGUUGACAGAGUUAGUAUCUUGUUAAUUUACACCUUUAUAAACUCACCACAAUUGCCUUGUUUAGCAAGACCCCAUCAGUGUUUGUAUUUGUUAACGUCAAAAGCAUGGCAGUGCCCUUCGUGCAGGAUUGGGACCUUGUCCAGACUCUGGGAGAGGGAGCAUAUGGCGAGGUGAAGUUGCUGGUGAACAAACACACUGAAGAGGCUGUAGCCGUUAAGGUCAUAGACACCACCCAGGGCAAAGAAUGCUUAGACAAUGUCAAGAAAGAGAUCUGCAUAAACAAGGUUCUCAGCCACCCCAACAUUGUCCGUUUCUUUGGUCACCGCAUGGAGGGAACCACAAUCUAUCUCUUCCUGGAGUACUGCACUGGGGGAGAGCUGUUCGACCGAAUUGAACCGGACGUAGGAAUGCCAGAGAAGGAUGCUCACAAGUUCUUUCAGCAGUUGAUAGCAGCCGUGGAGUACCUCCAUAGUGUGGGAAUCACCCACAGAGACAUAAAGCCUGAGAACAUUCUCCUCGAUGACAAAGAUAACUUGAAGCUGUCCGACUUUGGCCUGGCCACCAUGUUCCGUCAUCGCGGCCGCGAGCGCCGGCUCACCCGCCUGUGUGGAACUCUGCCCUACGUCGCGCCGGAACUCCUCAGCCAAUCAGAGUUCAGUGCUCAACCAGCUGACGUUUGGGCCUGUGGGAUCGUGCUCACGGCCAUGCUGGCUGGAGAGUUACCAUGGGACCAGCCCAGUGAAAGCUGUCAGGAGUAUUCCGAUUGGCUACAGACGAAGACCUACCUACCACCUUGGAAGAAGAUACAGCCCACUCCCCUGAGCCUGCUGUCUAAGUUGCUGCUGUCGGCUCCAGAGGAGAGGAUCCGUCUCCCGGACAUCAAGAAGGAGCGCUGGUUCAGCCAGACAUACAAGCCUGCAGCCAGGCUCCAGUCAGAGGCUCAGGGCUCCACAGCCAAGCUCCUACGCACCGACUCAGAGAAGCUCCCGCUCGACCGCAACAAAAGCGAUGACCGGAUCCAGUUCUCUAGUUCCCAGCCGGACCCGGCAGCGGGGGGUUGCGUGUGGGACGGGAGCGUGUACGUGGGGCCCUCCGCAGGCCAGGUCAGCUUCUCCCAGCCUGCCAGGCCCGAGCACAUGCUGCUGGGUAGCCAGCUACUGGGCACCCCUGGAGCCAGCCAGACGCCCUGGCAGCGGCUGGUGAGGAGGAUGACUCGCUUCUUCACCACACUGGAGUCUGGGGCCUCCUGCUCCGCCCUGAGAGACGCCUCCAUCAGCCUGGGGCUCACGUUCAAACACACCUGCACCAACCAGGUGACCUUGAGCACCUUGGACAAACGCAACAACAAGCUCAUCUUCAAAGUCCACCUCCUGGAACUGGACCAGAAGGUCAUGCUGGACUUCCGACUGUCCAAGGGCGACGGCCUUGAGUUCAAGCGUCUCUUCCUGAAGAUCAAGCUCAAGCUCAACGAUAUCAUAAACUCCCAGAAGGUCCUGCUUCCUGUCUCAUGACCAGCCACUGUCACAAGUGUGUGUGUGUGUGGUGUGUGUAUGUGGCAGGAGUCAACAAGAGUUUCAGAUCAGAUCUUGCGUUUGGACGAAACCAUGUUUAUGGAAAACUGCUUCAAUGAACUGACCAACACCCCUUUCAGCAACAUGUCUCAUCUUAUUUUCCGUCUGUGUGUGUUUGUUUACUGGAUAUUGACUUCCCUUAUGUAACAUCAGGGUGCGGACAAACCUGUGUUGAGAAAACUGUGGAUGGAUGUGUCCUUGAAGAAGCAUACCUUAGAUUAUGUACGAGAAAACACUAUCCUGUGGUUUGCGUGAAGUGUUGUGACGAGAAAGGCGUCUCCUGCUUCAAGACCAUGUGGGUAUGAUGGUAUAGGGAAGACAUACAGAACCUUUCAUUGCACUGUGUUUAUUUGAAAUGUGUUGAGUAAACUGCCCAGUUGCAAUACAGCUGUUGUGAGUCUGAUGUUACCUUUGAACACUUAAGCUAGGUCCUUUUUUCACUGUACUAAUGAGUGGACGUUUUCAUAAAAAAUAGUAAUUCUUUUGGUAUUUGUUGUACAUUAACUAUAAAAGCAAGAAAAUAGAGGCAUAAUAAAAAGUCAAUUAAACUUUGAUUAAGUCAGUAAGUCAAUAAAACGACUGAACCAGUUUUGGUGAAGCUUGCUAAUGCA